UUAUAUAUUAAUAUUCAAAUUAAUUAUUAAAUUAUUAAACUAGUGAAAUACUAAUUUUAAUUAUAAAUUUUUAUUAAAUUCUAACUAAUUAUUAAUUUAUUUGCCUCCUUCGAUGACAUUUUUCCCUUAGAUUGGAAGUAAUGACGGGAGCUCACCGCCACGAAGGUAACGAUCUUUCACCUUUCACACAUUUCUUCGACUAUAAUUCUCCAAAAAUCUAGAUUGAGGGAAAAAAGUGGGAAAACCCCAUUAAGUGAAGAUUGCAAUUACUGUGCGGUUUAGCAUGACAAUUUUGGCAUUUGGCAGGAUUUAGCUCAAAUCCUACUCAAAUAAUGCAUCCAAACAACCUCUUAAGCUUUUUUUUUCCUUGAAAAUCAUAACUUGUAUGUGGCAGUGAGGGAAAAUAGGGAGGCUUUUGAUUUUGAAGGGUGGAUGUUGAAGGUGAAAUUGAAGGAAGUUAAUGAGCCAAAGGGGGUUUUCUGUUGAAGUUAGUGAGCCAAACAAUUUCAACUUUGUUGUUGAAAAUGUUAUGCUAUGCACUUCCUCUUAAGGUUGUUCAAUGUCGAUUACUUUCUGUGACUUGCUCAUAGGAUUUGUUGAUUUUAGGAUUGGGUGGGGUGAGCUGACAAUUGAAUCUUCAGCUCCCAUUGUUGAUUCAGUUGUAAUUCUAAUGUUGGUGCGUAUUGUUACCUAGUCCUUUCUUCUUGUAGUUGUUAUUCCCUCAAGGUAUAUGGCUAGCUUGGGUUGGUCAAUGUAAUUAGUCUGUAUGGGCAUGCGUAUUUUGGCUAAGUUGAGACUAAGUUGAUUGCAUGAAUUUGUAGCAAUAGUUUUUGCUGCUAGAUACGUUCAUGAGGUAAAGGCAAGGUUUUAGGCUUCUUUUCAACCAAAGACUACUUAGGCAAUCAUGUACUCCACCCUUUAAUACAUUAUCACCAUAUAGGAGCAUGACAAAGGAUUCUGCAUGUACUGCUAUUUUUCGAACAUUUGAUUCUAUUAAGUAGAUUUGUUUAAAAGAGAUUUUAUGGUGCUACUUUGCUGCCCUUAGUUGAGAUAACAGGUGUAUGAAUCAAGUGGUAGUUUUAGCUUUUAACAUGUUGAUAUUAUAACGAAAUGAGUGAAAAAAUAAACCUUGUUAUUUAUAUUUUAUUUUUUAAUUCUUUCUAAUGCAAUAGUACAAUCAUUUAUUCUAGGCAUUUCAGGCAUACUUGUUGUGUGUCACUUCGAGCAAUUAUUCUCUUUAGCCAUGGUAUGGAUGGUAUUGUUUAUCUGAAUAUGACAUGAUUAGUUAUAUUUAUGCAUUUUGAUUUGUUGGUAUACCAAAAAAAAUCUAAAUUAGCAAUUCCAGAUUGUCAGAAAAUUAAUUUACGAGAAUGAAUAAGCUUUUGAAAGUUUGAUUAGUUGUCUAAAUUCACAAUUCAUUAAGAUUGUAUUUUUAUGAUGCAUCCAGUAGAAUCCUUGAGUUACUCUACUCCAAUCUUGCCAAACCAAUUUUAUUUAUUGUGGCUUAACAGCUACUUAGUAGAGUUAGGGCUUUGUAGUUAUUCCAUAUUACCUGGCAUAUUCGAUUUAUCAGUUCUGAAAUCAAUGAGAUUCUAGAGUUGUCAUUUUUCCUUUAUUUAGACCAUGGUAUGUUUUUCUGGGAAUUACUUUUAGCCUUAAUAUCAUUCGUUCUUAGUGAUUUAUUGCAAUUUUCUCUUCUCUAACCUUGUGUGUAAUUAGCUAGAUAUUUCCGUUUCAGUAUUGUUUAAAUUUUAAUAUAUGCUUAUAUGUAUGCUUCUUUUGAAUGAACUUUACCAUUUGACCUAUUAUUAUUACAAUUGUUAUAACAAAAACUUGUCUUCACUGCAAUAAUUAUUAAGCAUCUUUUUUCUAUUAUGCGCGAUUCGGUGCAUGCAAGCCUCCCUAAUUUUUAUAAGGUAUGAUAAGAUGGUUUGUCCUUUUUUUGUUAUGACUUAAAAGGUUUAAGUUCAUUAAUUUUGGAACAACGGUGUUUUUUUAACUUGUGCUUUAUAUUUGAACAUCUUUCUUUCUUUCUAUUUUUUCAAAUUCCAAUAUUGUUUGUUGUUUUCUUAGUAAUUUUUUCCUCUAAUUCUUUUCAUAUUUAUGUCUGUGCAUGCUGAUUUGUAAGUUUUUGUUCCCUGCUCAUUUCUUUGCAGCGUGAUGAAUGCUUAUACAAUAUGGGUCUUCUUCUGAUUGAGAAGAAAGAGUGGUCCUCACAAAUUGAAGAGUUAAAGCAAGCAUUUAUAGAAUCACAGGAAACAUUGAAGCGAAAACGUGAUGCACAUAUUAUUUCUGUAUCUGAGUUGGAAAAGCGCAAAGAAAAUCUGAAAAAAACUUUGGGAGUUGAAAAGCAGUGUGUUUUAGAUCUGGAAAAAGCAUUGCAUGAGAUGCGUGCUGAAAAUGCAGAGACUAAGUUCAUAUCAGGGAAGAGAUUAGCUGAUGCACAUGCAAUCGAGGCUAGCGUUGAAGAGAAAAAAAUGGAGAUUGAAGCAAAAAUGCAUAGUGCAGAUGCUAGGCUUGCAGAGGCAAAUCGUAAGAAUUCAGAGAUUGAUCGGAAAUCGGAGAAUCUGGCUGCUCGUGAAUAUAAACUGCAGAGAGAACUUUCUUCUUUAAAUAUAGGGAGGAAAACAAUUGAAACAGAUGUCUCUAAGCAGAGAGAACAUUUGCGGGAGUGGGAAAAGGAUAUGCAGGAGAAACAGAGAAUGCUUCUUAAUGAACAAAGACUUCUGAAUGAGCGGGAGGAGAGGGCCAAUGAUAUGGACAUAAUUCUCAAAAAGAAGGAAGCAGAGAUCGAAGAUGCAAGAAAAAAUAUUGAUGCUGCUAGCAGUAUUCUGAGAAGUCAAGAGGAUGGCCUUAAAGCAAGGCUAAGGACUUUAAUUGUGAAAGAGCAGGAUACUGAGAUUAAGAGUUCAACCCUUGAAAAGAAAGAGGAAGAUCUGAUGGCAAUAGAAGAAAGGCUAAGUGUUAGGGAAAGUGAAGAGAUCCAAAAACUUUUGGAUGAGCAAAAUGCAACCUUGGAUGCCAAGAUACAAGACUUUGAGUUAGAGAUGGUGAAAAAACGGCAGUCCUUUGAUAAAGAGGUAAAAAAUCACGUGGAUUUGCUGGACAAGGAGAAAAGGCAAGUUAAAUGCAAAGAGGAACAGAUUGUUAAAAGAGAUGAGACAUUAGAUAAAAAAACUGAUAAAUUAAAAAGUAAAGAAGAAGUCCUUGACACUAAAUCAAGAACUUUGAAGAAGUGGGAAGAUUCUUUAAAAACGGAUGAGAAAAAGUUGCAGGAAGAAAGAGAGCAGCUAAUCAAGGAUGCCAAUGAGCUAGAAGCUUCUAGAGCUAAACUUCAUAAUGAGAAGGCAGCUAUUGAAGCUGAGGGACAGAAGGUUGUCUUGGAGAAGGAAAAUCUCAGAUUAACGCAGUUAGAAAGAGAACGGCAUCUUAAAAUGCAAGCAGAGCUUAAACUAGAGAAAGAGGAAUAUCGGAUGAUGAUGGAAUCACUUGAAAAGGAAAAGGAUGUGCUCGGACAGGAGAAGGAGAUGUUUGAGCGAGACUGGGAGGUGCUGGAUGUUAGAAGAGUUGCAUUAGAAGCAGAGAUUAAACAGCUGAGUGCUGAAAGAGAGAAGUUUGAGAAGUGGCAACAUACUGAAGAGGAGAGGCUGAAAAACGAGGGCCUUCUGGCUAUAACUGACUCGCAGAGGGAGCUCGAAGAUCUUAGAUUGAAGAAAGAAGCAUUUGAGAGCAUGAUGGCCCAAGAACGGGCUGAUGUUCAUGCAGAAGUUGAUAGGGAGCGUGCUGACAUGUCUCGAGAGUUUGAACUUCUGAAACACAAGCUUGAGAUGAACAUGCAGAGGAUACAGGAUGAUGUUGAGAAGGAACUUAAAGAGAAGGAAAAUAUGUUUGAAAGGUGGAGAGAAGUGGAACUAAGUCGCAUCAAAUCUUCAACUGAGUCAAAUGAUUUCAGGGGCAAAAGGUUGGAGAUGGAGCUAAAUCAAUUGCAGAGGGAAAAGGCAGCAUUCUCAGAUCAGAGGGGAAAGUUAGAAGCAGACCGGCAAGAAAUUCAGAAUGACAUUGAUACUCUUCUUCGCUUAAGCAAGAAUCUGAAAGAUCAACGGGAAGAAUUUGCAAAAGAGAAAGAAAUGUUUCUUUCUGCUGUUGAGCAAUGCAAAACUUGCCACAACUGUGGGGUUCCAAUUUACAACAUUGAUCUUCUUGAUCUUCAGCCCUUGAAAAGUACAGAAGGUUCAGAAGAAAUUAUUUUGCCAAGCCUUGCAGAUGGUUUCCUGGAAGAGCAUAUGAAAGGUAGAAGCACAGUUAUUUCACCCAGAGUUUUAGCUGUGGGGUCUAGCAAUUCAGGUAGCCACAUGACACGCUGGCUUCAAAGAUGUGCUAGUCUGUUCAAGAUCUCUCCCAAAAUGAAUGUACAUCUACCUAGUGAUGACCAGAUUGGAACCUCAUUUGGGGAGCGACUUAAUAGAGCCGCUUUAGAGGAUGCUGAUUAUGAACCUGCACCUUCAGGUAAUCAUUCUUUUGGAAAUCAGGUUCAUUUUGAUUGUGGAGAUAGGAUGAGUGGAGAACCAGAUAGAGUACAUAAAACAGGAGAUGAGGUAGAAUCUUCUUUUGGUGUAGCUGAUAGUUCCAAUGAUAUUGUUAGGAUCGAUACUGAUAAAGCUAAAGCUACCCGGAAAACUGUGGUAGUUAUUGAUGAUGAAAAUGAUGAAAUGCAAGGAUCUUCUAUUCAUGUUGAGAAUGAUUCACAGACUGAUUUAACCAAGCAGGUGCAGCGACAUAAACCUAACCGGAGAGCAAAACCCAAUCUCAUCAGGAGAACUAGGUCCGUAAAGGCUGUUGUUGAGGAUGCCAAAGCCAUUAUUGGAGAAAGUUCCGAAUUGAAGAUAGAUGAGCAACAAAAUGAUGAUGCCAAAGGUUCCCAAAACAUUCCUGAUGAGAGUCAAGGGGCUUCAGUACAAGCUGAUCAAGCACAAACUGGAACAAGGCAAAAAAGGCCAUCAAGGGAACUAGAACCAGAAGGUAGUGAAGCUCAUUCUGAAAGUUUUUCUGUAGGGGGAUGCCGUAAGAGGCGACAGACUUCUUCACUACUGCCAGCUCCUGGAAAUAAGCGCUACAAUUUCAGACGGUCUACUGUUGCAAGUACAGCUGCGGCAUCCCAGGCAAAAUCACAUCAGAAAGAAGCAGCCAAUGCUGGAAGCUUUAAGGCAUUACCUGAAAACAAUAUUAGAGACGGUGGACAUGGUGGUGAAAGAAUUUCCUGCCAUGAUACAGUACCAUCGGGCGCUUUGGAAAGCUCUGCUCAUUUGUUGCAGAAAUCUGCCUUUCCAACUGUUCUGGAAGUUAAUUCGAAUGAGAGAGUUCAGCACGAAAGCCAUAAUCUCCUUCAUGAUGGCGGUAUUGUUGAGUAUGCUCUGUUCAGCGAGCAGACUGCAGAAAAUCGGGAAGAAGAAGUGGACGGAGGAGCUGCAUCAGCACAUACCGAAAAUACUGCUUCAUAUGGGGGGUCUGAGAGUGAUGAUGAGGAUUCUGAGAAGCAGAAUACUUCAAUUGGAAAGAAGCUAUGGCAUUUCUUGACCACUUGAUGUGCUAUUAAAUUUUUUAGAGAGCAUGACUUUGAUUUCAUUCCUCUGAUUUUUGUUUUUUUGCCUUAUUUGAAGGCAAUUUUAUCAGUGAUUUCUGUAUUGUUUCCGAUUUGUGUUCUUCCUCACUUUUGGAGGGAUGGUUGGUUGUUAUCAUCUCAAAGCCAGUUGUACUAUUGGUAUUAACUAUUGGAAUUUGAGUUAAAUGGUCAGAGUCGUUCAUGUGAUUCCUGACCUGUAGACUUAAUUUUAUUCUUGGAGUUUGAUUUGUUGUAAUACAAGUCUCCUGUAGGUUCAUGUGAUGUAUUUAAGGAAUCAUGUAAUUUCAAUAUAUAUAAAUAAAUUGUUUGGCACUGUA